UGCAGACAGCAGGACACUAAGCAGCAACCAUGAGCGGCAAGGAAGCGUGGAAGCCCUUCGUCAAGUUCGAGUACCAGAACCUGCUGCCGGCGGAGCUUCGUAACAAGCUCCGCAAGAUGCUCGUCUUCACGGAGGCUACGGGCACUAAGCAGGUGCACCAAUCUCCGGCUGUUUCUCAAGGCUACCGCUACCCGUCGCCAGACAAGCAGGCUGAGGGCGUGUCUGUGCCGUCCAGUGAUUCUAAGGACAGCAUUUACAAUAUCCAGUACUACACGCGUGACAUCCGUCGCUUUCCGUUCCCUACCGAAGUGGGCAUGCACCCGUCCAUCCCCAUGGAGAAGCGUGCCGAGAUCCCGGCGGACGCCAAGCGCGGAUCUCCCGGUAACAAGAACCCGGCCGUGUUGCGCUACGACCCUACCGGUACCCGCUCGGCCAUGAGCACGACCCAUGAGGCGCGUGACAAGCUCAUUCUGCAGCACGCCUCCACGCACAAUGUGCGUUUUGAGUGGGAGGGGGAUGCUGAGAAGGAAAUUCUCGAGGACCUUGAAGCCAAGAACCUGCCGCCCACGCCCGGCCGCCCCUUCGUCUGGGACUUCCCCGCUCAGAGCCGUGUCAUGCGCUGGUAAAUUAGGUCUUAUGGCAUGAAGCAAGCGUGGGUAAACUAGUGUGCUGUCUUUCACGGAGAAGGAAAAAUUGCAUUCCAGGCAAACCUACAUGUUGGCGACGAUGAUGAAAAGAUUUCCAUUUAUCGAGAA